UUGCCAUUGACUCGUUUUUGCUCCGCCGACGGAGACACGGGGAGCCGCGUCUUGCGGGAGAUGCUGAAUCUCACCGCCGCCGAAAAGGCGCCGAGCGAGAAAGCAGGAGAUCCCAUAAGAGGGGGAAGGAAUUUUAUUUAUUGGACGCCGGGGAGCUGUUGCUGUAGUGUGAUCUUAAAGGCGGCGAGGAGACGCACAUCGUGCCUGCCGCUCCUCCGACGAGCGGCGCUUCCUCUCAAUGAAUGAGCCCAAAGUGCCCAAAGGCGGCAGUGACACCCAGCUGGGGAGAGUACGCGGUGCAGAAUAACUGCUGCUCGUGAUAUAGGAUCAAUAACACAACUGUUGUCGCGGGGACGACAUUCAGAAGAAACAGAUGCAAUUUUUUUUUUUCAAGCACUGCAGCUGGUCCGGUUGCGGCGCGGCUCAUCAGCGCUGAUCACUUCACACCCUUGGCAGCGAGUGCGCGGCUCCGCACCGACAGUCCGCAGCUCCGUGUCGUCGCCGCCGCCGCCGCAGCAGCAGUAGCAGCAGUAGCGCUGCACGGGAAUGCCAUGUGUCGGGCAGCGGCAUAGAGGCGCUUUGUGGGGCGCUUGGCACCGGGGACAGGUGGUGUUCCGCGCGCUACUGCCGGGGGGGGGGCUGAGCACACACAAGCCCACAGACAGUUGUCUUGAGGAUGUCACGCCGGCAUAGGGGGUCCGUUGUGGAACAAGACAGGUGCGACCGAGAGAAGAAGGAGCCGUUUACAAAAGGCGGGCGUGCGUGAAGUGCCGUUGGAAUUGAAUUGGGGGGGGGUCGACGGGAAAGGCAGCGAGAGACACCCGGUGCUGCACCGGCCGCUGUGGAUUGUGGCGGAGGGAGGAGAGGAGGCAGAGCGCGGAGCCCCGCGGCAAACGCACCUUUCCGAGGUCCGCGGGCGACGCAGCAGAGACACUCCAGUCCAGCUGCUGUAACCAGUUACUCCAGUCUAGUCAAGAUGUUAUGGAAGAGCUGAACAAAAUCUGGGGUAGACUCCGAAUUACUCCCUGCUCUUGAGGAGACUGGCUGCAGAUCAUCGCGACUUUAACUGGAGUCCGAGUCCUGCUGCCAUGACAACCAUGGCCCCUCUAUUCAUAUUGCUCUUAGUGCUUCUUCGACUGGCUGACACUGCCUUUCCUGAGGAACCUGGUCCGCUGCAUACCAUUCCUAUAGAGGUGGUCCAGCGAUACCCUGUGUUUCUGGGCAGAGCUCAUCGUUCAUCACUGAGACAGGAGGCUUUGCAUAUCCACAGAAUUCUGAAGGUCAACCGGACCCUUUACAUUGGAGCUAGAGAUGACCUUUUCCGCGUGGAGCUGGACAAUGUGGCUGGAGAUGAGAUGUUCUACAGCAAGAAGAGAACCUGGGAAUCCAAUAAGAAUGACAUCAGGAUCUGCAGGAUGAAGGGCAAGCAUGAGGACGAGUGUCGGAACUUUGUGAAGGUCUUACUGAGUCGACGGGGGGGCCUGUUUGUGUGCGGGACAAAUGCCUUCAACCCUCUGUGUGCCAAUUAUACCGGGGACACACUAGAGAUGGUGGGAGAGACCAUCAGUGGAAUGGCUCGAUGUCCCUAUGACCCUAGACAUGCUAAUGUGGCCCUCUUUGCAGAUGGGAACCUCUUCACAGCCACGGUAACUGACUUCCUGGCCAUCGACGCUGUCAUUUAUCGUAGCCUUGGGGACAGCCCAGCGCUGCGCACGGUCAAACACGACUCAAAGUGGUUCCGAGAGCCCUACUUUGUCAGUGCGGUGGAGUGGGGCCCUCACGUCUACUUCUUCUUCAGAGAGAUGGCCAUGGAGUUUAACUACCUGGAGAAGGUGGUGGUGUCGCGGGUGGCCCGGGUAUGUAAAGGGGACUUGGGCGGGUCCCAACGAGUCCUGGAGAAGCAGUGGACAUCCUUCCUGAAGGCGCGGCUCAACUGCUCAGUCCCAGGCGAUGCCCACUUCUAUUUUAACCUCCUGCAUUCCACCAGCCCUGUGCUUCGGCUGCAGGGAAGGGACAUCAUCCUGGGGGUGUUCUCCACUCCAGCAAACAGUAUUCCUGGUUCGGCAGUCUGCGCCUUUGACAUGCAGCAGGUGGCCAGAGUCUUCGAGGGUAGGUUCAAGGAACAGAAAUCCCCCGAAUCCAUCUGGACCCCUGUUCCAGACGAGCUCAUCCCAAAACCCAGGCCAGGGGGCUGUGCGGUGCAGGGUUCGAGAUUCAACUCCUCCAACGCAUUCCCUGAUGAGAUGCUGAAUUUUGUGAAAACACACCCCCUAAUGGAUGAAGCUGUGCCCUCACUGGGACAUAAACCCUGGAUUGUGAGGACAAUGGUCAGGUAUCAGCUCAACAAGAUUGUGGUAGAUACCGAGGCAGGACCAUACAGGAACCGCACCGUUCUGUUUCUGGGCUCCAGCAAAGGAACCAUCCUCAAAUUCCUCAUCGUCCCUGGCCGGGAAAACUCUGCGCUCACCAGCAACAUCUUUCUGGAAGAACUGGAAGGGUACAACCCCGAGAAGUGUGGCGAGGGCUCCUCUCAGGCGCGGCAACUACUCUCUCUGGAGUUGGAUCGGCCCAGUCACUCCCUGCUGCUGGCCUUCCCAUCCUGUGUGGUGCGAGUGCCCGUGGCCCGCUGCCAGCUCUACUCCCGCUGCAUGAAGAACUGCAUCGCCUCUCGAGACCCAUACUGCGGCUGGACUCGCGGCAGCACCUGCUCUUUCCUCCGGCCUGGCACCAGACUGCCGUUCGAGCAGGACGUGGAACAUGGGAACACCUCCCACCUCGGGGACUGUGAUGGUCUGCUGCAGGAGAGUUUUGUGGAAGAGCCGGAAGGCCUGGUUUCCGUCAAUCUGCUGGUUGCCUCUGCAGUUUCUGCGUUCGCCACCGGGGCGGUGCUCUCGGGCCUCAUAGUGUGCUGGGUAAUGGGUCGAAAGCACAGGCACCGUGCUCGCGGUAGCGCUGCCAACGCCGGCAGCCGCCGCAAAGGAGAUAAGGAGCAGAGCAUGCUGGGACAAGGGGGCAGUGGCUCCGUGAUGAGUGUGACUCGGCCGAGCGGGAGUGAAAGGCCCCGGUCGCAGGGCGAGACUCUGUUUGUGAUGCCCAAUGGUUGGAACAAAGCAGGGGACAUGGAUCCGGGCUUGCUGCCUACUCCGGAGCAGACGCCUCUGCAGCAGAAGCGUCCGGCGCCGGGUCUGCGCCUAUCCGACUCGGGCUGGGACCAGAGCCAAGCCUUCCUGAACACGGCUGGUACCCCGUGCCCCACCAACAGCUCCGUCAUCUACCUGAGCUCCAAGCUGCUGCAGGGUGGCGGGGGCCGGCACGAGGACCCGGGUGACCCCCCCCAGUCUGUUGAGCGCCAGCACUACCUGUCCCUAGCUGCUCACCGGGAGCAAGGAGGCCGCCCCGGCGUGGUUCUGCGCAACUCGGCAGGAGAGUACAACUACCCAGCCACGCCACAGGACUCGCCCGACCGCAGGAGGGUGGUAUCGGCCCCCAACACCCAGCUGGACUUCGGGGAGUCCCUGCGCUGGUCCCCAGAGGGCCUUAAUUUCAACAGCAACAACGCAGCCCCGUCUGGGCGCCACUACCCCAGCUCACGUGCCCCAUCCUCGGGCCUGAUGCGCGGCGGCCUCCCCGCGCCCCGUGGCCUCAGUGACUUGGCCGACUUCAGCCACCUGCUUGGCAAGAGCGUGAGGGAGCGGACGUCCACCGGCCAGUGAAGAAGCGGCCCUUUCCCAGAUCGCAACGAAAGCCCCUCUAAGUCCCAUCUCACUAUCAACUGGAAAAACUGCUCAGAGACAUUCUUGCACCUGGCACCGCCCUACUCCAUUCUCUCUCACUGUCAUCCAAUGUGCUCACAUCCCGGCGGCUCAUACCCGUGACUGUGACUUCUGACACCUGCCACCCUACAUGGGGGAGCAGACCGUGCCGUUCCCUCUGUCGUAGCGCGCCGAUCCUCCCGCUACCUCCUGGCUGCAGGGCCGAAGUCUGAGCAACUCCCGGCGGGACAAGGUCACGAAAAGAAGGAAGGGAGGCUCAGUCUGCAAGAAAUGUGAGAAGUCUUCAGCAAACAUUUCAGUGUCCAGCUCAAGUCGCAAAGCCUCCACCGCUGUUUCGCGCUCAGCCAUCCAUCUCUCUGGACGUGGCGCUUGUUCUCGCUGUGCUUCUGUACCCACGGUCAGCUCGCGGUCAGCACUCAACCGCCUGGUCUACAAGCAGAUGCCAUCACUUGUUUUUUGUGGACAUCAAACGAUGUGUCUUCUUCCCACGGACGUCAGGACGAGAGAGGGUGUAAUAAAUCUAACGCCCUGUCUUAAUGUGAACUUGAGAGUACAAUUCACAAAACACUGGAAUUUCUUAUAGAAAAGUGGCAAUAUUGUGUCGGCACAAUAUGCUGAUUGAAGGCAAUCUAAAAAACAGACUCUUGAUGUUUGGUUCUGUGUCUUAUAAGCUCUGUGUACCUUUUUGAAGUUAUUAGUGACUUCCAGCAGGUCGGCGGGGGCUCCAGAGGGCCUUUGCCGCCAGCUGCCGGAGGGCUCCACCAGCGACCGAGGAUGUGGCAGGUGGAUCACAGUGGAAGGUGGAAUGUGGGGGACAGUGGGAUGGGGGUGGGGGGUCGGCUACAGUCUUGUCACGCUGAGACAGAAAACAGGUCUGUGCUUUGUGUGUGUGUGUGUGUGUGUGUGUCUGAAGCUGGACUCCGAACACUGGUGAAUACAGCAGACUAUUUCCAGCCAGGGCAGGGCUGAGGUCACACUGAACGAGAAGGACAUCGACCGGGGAGCUGCUCGCUCGCAGGAGGUCGGCCACCUCCUCACCACACUGCUCACUCUGCCCGCUCGUGCUGAUCGUUGAUAGCAGGAUGUGUGGCCAUCUUGCCUCUAGGGUUCUGCACCGGGGCACCGACUGCCCUCCGCCAGACUGCUCUUCGAAACAAGGAGUUCUGGGCCAGCACCGAGGGGACAGAGGAGGUGCCGUGAGUCGGGAGCCCCGGCAGCGUUCAGAAAUCCAGAACUCGUUGACUGGGCUUGUUUAUGUUUUGUCUGCUGUUUUCUUUUUCCUUCUGAUAUCUGUAUUUUUGCUUUCUGUAGUCCGGCCAGUUGCUCUUUUUUUUUUUUUGUAUUACUACUUGUGGGGUUGCCAGACACUGCUCAGUUUGGUUUGAAGACACUGUCAUAUGAGCUGCAUGGUUCACCCCUCCUCAAUUACUCUCCCCCCCCCGAGCAGAUCAGUGUCAAGUACCUUCUGUUCUAAGGUACCGUGGUGUAAGGCCAAUGGUUCCUGCUUUGCUGGGACAGCGGUCUAUAGAUGGAAAUGUCGCCAUGUAGCUGCUGGGAUGGGGUGGACAGGAACUGGCGGGAUUUUCUCACAGCAGAGCGUCUCAGAAGCAGUGUGUCCAGCAGCAGUAACGCAGCCAUUAAGGUUAUGGCCUUUGGGGAAAGCUGUGCUUUAAUUGAUGGGGGUCGGGGGGGUGGUUAAGUAUCACCAGCAGAGCACCGCAGGAGGAGUGUUUGGUCAGGCUUUUGUUUGUCUUCACGGGAUGGGCUGAACCACCGUGGCUGAGAGGUAAAAGAGAGUAAUGAAGUGUAAAAGAGAGAGUCUUAAGAAAGUAAGUAUGAACUCACGGCUGGCUCCAGCACGACAUGCAAGUAACCGAAAGUGUGUGUGUCGGCGCGCGUCUUCGUGCUCAUCUUAGUGUGUCCAUCCGUCCAUCUACAUGUGUGCAUGCUUGUGUGCGCGUGUGUUUGUGUUGACUGUGGGGAUGUCAGGCGUAUUCCGACCCGCACCAUUAACACGGUGCAUGAUUUGUACAUUCCGCACUGCAGGCAGAUACCCCAGCCCCCCCCCAUUGCAGUUAAUGCCCCUGGAGCAGCAUUGGAGUCCACGGGUUUUGCAGCCCCCAGCAGUUCUUGCCACUGAUCCCGCAAGCGUAGGGUUAGCUGGUACUCCUUUGACUACUUGGUGAACCGUGCUCCCUUCUGGGCGACAGCGGUGCAUGUAUGGUGGCACGCGGGGGCCCAGUGGAGGAUCACUGGAAGGUCACGCCAGAAAGAAGAGAGAACCCUCCCAACCGCAGCCCGUUACACCUGGACCGGUGGGUUCGAAGGAGGGUGGCGGGGGGGCGGGUAUGAUUUUCUGUGCUCCCUGGAGCUUCACUCACUGCAGUUCAGGUUCACAGUCACUUUCUCACACAGCACCUUCUCUGCAUCACACGUCUGUGCCAAACUGACCCGGCUGUCCCAAAAAUCAGGGAGGGGCGGCCAGUGGGAAUCCCUCAGCUAAAUUGGUGUGAAGUGCUAUAAAAUCAGCAUCCUUUCUGUGAAAUUGUGUUUCGCUGCAUAUCACACGCCGUAAUCCUCUGAUGCAGGGAAUUGUUUUGGAGCUUUUAAUCUUAUUUUUUGUUUGUUCCACUGUUAAGGAAAUGGCACGCUUGCUGUGCGCCGCAGCACCCCCCCCCCCACCCCCACCCCAACAUGAGCCGUGUACAGUGCGCCCGAGAGGAAGCCCUUCGGUUCAAUUUCUUUUCCUGUAGCAUAGAGAUUUUUACGCCACCCCCCCCCCAUGCCAACCUCCCACAGCCAGAAACUGCCAACGUAAAACAUCGGAGAAACAAAACAUAAACAAACCAAAAAAAGUAGCUAUAUACAGAUUAAAGUACCGCAUACAUAGAGAUACAUUUUGUUCACCACUGUAUAAAACGUAAAAUAAGCACAAGAGUUUUUUGCAUUUUGUAAAGUUGUAGAGAAAAUUUACUAGCCAGCAUUGUUUAUUCCUGUUGGUUUUUAUUUGUUUGUUUGUUUCAAUGGUAAUAUAUUUGUUUGGGUUUGGGUUUAUCGUAUUGGUUUUCAUUUACUCUUCGGAGUGCGUGCGUCUCUCUGCGUGUGUGUGCGCGCGUGUGUGUGUUUUGUUAAUGAGACUGUGAACAGGAUCCCAGUAUUUCCUGCCCUUUUGGAUGACUGCCGGGAGUGGAACCUUUUCUUUGUUUAAACGGGAGGAGGCACACAACUGUGGACUUGCCUCUUGAUAAGAGAAAAUAUUUUCCAAAGAGCUCGUCUCCUGCUGCCGUGACAGACACCCGCUUCCACGUCGCCCAGGAGCGGCUCUGUGGGCCGGCGAAGACCACCGACAUUGAGCGAUAGUGCCGUGCCUUCCCUCCGCCCUCCCAGGCCCAGGCCCAGGCCCAGCCGGUGUACAUAACCCCAGCGCUUCGGUGUGUGUGAGCGGAGCGGAGCGGCGAGGCAGCAUGGCCCAGCUCGCCUGUGUACAGAAACAGUGUGUGACAUUGUACAUUGUACAUGCCUAGUGUGUGCUCGUGUGCCUGCUGUAAGCCCGUCAACACACAAAACACUCCAACACACAAGUUCAACACAAAAGUUCAACACGCUGCGCCGCCGCACAAGCAGAAGGGGAAGGGAGCGCAGUGAUGCAGUGGAUGUGGUUUUUUCUCGUCCUGUGCCCCGUGCCAGUCUGUCACUCAGCAUGGAGACCUCGCUCUCUGUCACCUUUCUUAUUCUAAUAAAUCA